AUGGACACGCCGGAGGGUGGAGCUGGCAGGAAAGUAGGAGAAGAAAAGGAGAUUGGAAAAGAGGGGUUGAAGAAAAAGAUCCUUAAUGAAGGUGAUCGUUGGGAUACCCACUUUAAUGGUGAUGAAGUUGAAGCAUUCAGAUUCAAUUCUAUGGUUCACUAUGUUGGAAGUUUACUCGAUGGAACUCGAUUUAAUUCAAGCCUUGAAUGGGAGCUACCAUUUAAGUUCAAGCUCAGGCUUGGGUUUUUUCGUCAUUUCGGAUGGAUAGAUGGAUUUGGGGAGAACGGGUGGGACCCACCAGGUGGUGAUGAAUGUGUUGUCCCACCAAACACCACCAUUCACCACGUUUGA